AUGAGGGACUCGUUAUCACCCCAAGCAAUCUUCGUCGCGCCGCCUUCCUCGGAGAGUGCCUAUGCGUUGCAAUGUGCUUGCUGCCUUUCAGCUGACACAGAGCGUCUACAACACGGCUGCCAAGCGGAGCAGCGUGUACCUGCGCAGCGCGUUGUUGAAAAGUGUCGCCGUCUUCCCACUUGCUUCGGAUUGUGCAGUGUGGCUCCCUUCUUCACUGCAAUUGUGGGUGAGGACUUGAAGACGGUCCAAUCGGCCUCGAUGACUGGCUGGCAGCGUCACAUUGCUGAUUGGGGAGAUAUUCCGACAGACCAGGCGGUCAUUCAGGCCGGUCCCUCAGCUGCGCUCUCCGAUGCGUCCGUGGCAGACUGGAAAGGCGAUGCGCUGGUCGUGUUCCUCAAAGCCAAGGAAGACGACGCAGAGGUGAAAACGGCGGACCUGCCUGCGGACUUCGAAGAUCUCGAUGGCUCAGUGGGAGGCGCCCUCAGUGCUUUCCUCGCCGCAGAGGAGUUUGAAGCCAAACCUGGCACAGCAGCUACGCUGCCCCUUUUCGGCAAGGCCGGCCCCAGCCGCGUGGUCUUUGUCGGCCUCGGGGCGGCGGAGGCCGACGCCAGGGCGGCGGGCGCCGCGGCGGCGGGGGCGGUGAAGGGGCUCAAAGGUGGCUCCGUCGGCGUUGCCUUCUCUGAAGGUCUCGAUCCCCAGGCUCUUGCUGAAGGCUUUUUCCUGGGUCUUCAUGCUGACAAACGGUUCCAGGGAGCCAAGACUCCGGACAAAGAUAAGGCGCCGAAGGGCCCAGAUUCACUGGAGAUGUUGGGCUUCCCGGACGGUAGCGACGAGGCCUUUACGAAGGCAGCAGCGAUUGCCUCUGGCGUUAUCUUCGCGAGGGAGCUCGUGAAUGCGCCGGCGAACAUCGUCGACCCACUGAAUCUGGCGAACACAGCUGCCGAGAUGGCAGGUCGCCUUGGUCUUAAGGCGGAGGUCUUGGACGAAAAGGAGUGCGAGAAGCUUGGUAUGGGCUCCUUCCUGGCGGUCAGCAAAGCGUCGAACCUCGGCGCAAGGCUGAUCCAUCUCACCUACUCGCCAGGUGGCACGGCGAAGAGGAAAAUCGGCAUCGUGGGCAAAGGACUCACCUUCGACUCCGGUGGCUAUAAUCUAAAAGCCGGUGGAGGAUCGAUGAUUGAGAUGAUGAAGUUCGACAUGGGCGGCUCGGCGAGCACCCUAGGGGCUGCUGCAGCCGUAGCGCAGCUGAAGCCCAAGGAUGUUGAAGUGCACUUUGUGAUCGCAACCUGCGAGAACAUGGUCAGCGGGAAUCCAGGUGCGCUGCAUCCAGGCGAUAUCAUCACCGCCAUGGAUGGAACGACCAUCGAGGUGAACAACACCGACGCAGAGGGAAGGCUAACCUUGGCGGACGCUCUGCUGUUCUGCCAGGAGAAGGGCGUCACGGAGGUGGUGGACAUCGCGACCUUGACAGGGGCCUGCAUGGUUGCCCUCGGCCAGGGCAUCACGGGCAUGUGGAGCAACUCAGACGAUCUGGCACAGCGCAUCGACUCUGCAGCGAAGCAGACAGGCGAGAAAGUAUGGCGCAUGCCGCUGGAGGAUGAUUACUUCGAGGGCCUGAAAAGCGACUUCGCCGACAUGAAGAAUACAGGGCCUCGAUUUGGAGGUGCGAUCACAGCGGCGCUGUUCCUCCAGAAGUUCGUGCAGAAGGAGGUGAGCUGGGCUCACUUGGACAUCGCUGGCCCGACAUGGUCCGACAAGCCAAAGGCUGGCGACCUGAAAGCUAACCAGGAGUUCCGUAAAGGGGAUCGAUAA